GCCGCCCUUUGCGCUCGACACGGCCAGGACCCUCUUGACGUGCGGAAUCGGCCGGGGUUGAGGAGGGCCCGAGGAGCGACGGGCCAUGCUCGGCGCCGCUCGCUGGUUGUUGCGCGGCAGACCUAGGGGAUUCUCGUGGCCCAGACAUAUGGCCGUGGUGGAGAUGCCACGACACGGGCCGGUUGGCCACCGUGUCGGCAGCAGUGUCAGAGCCCGCAACAUGGUCCAAGAUAGGUCAUGCAAGCGCAACGAAGGAGGGUCUGCAAGAGAAGAAGUGGAGAGCGAAGGCCAAGGAGAGAGAGAAAAAAAAUUAAACUUGACGUCUGAGCGCGCGCGCGCGCUGCUCCUGUUCACCAACACCGUCGGACAGAGGAGAGGAGGCAGCCCAGGAUGCCGAUCCAUCUCUUUGCAUCGGCGCUGUCCGGCGUCGUCACCCUCGACAACCUGGCCGUCUACGUGGCGGGUAUCGUGGCUCUCAUCGCCAUCAAGCAGUGGGCGAUGGGCGUCGAUCUGCUCGCGCGCCUUGAGAUUGCUUCGGAGGCAAGCUCACGCCAGGACGAUCUUCGCGCCAAGAUACAGCCAAGAGACAUGCACGGCAGUGUCGUCCUUGUGGUGGGCGGUUUCACUCCCCAGGGCCUCGUCGUCUGCACCCAGCUCUCAGCCCUGGGUGCUCAGCUGAUCCUCUUGACGCCCACGCUGCAGUCAUCGCGCGUUCUCCAGCUCGUCCACCUGCUCCGAGAGGGCACGUCGAAUGCGUUGAUCUACGCCGAGGAGUGCGACAUCACGGACCUCGACAGCGUCACUCGCUUUGCCGAACAGUGGAACAAGGGCGAAGGCUCCGGCGGGCAGGCUGGCGGCGUAGGUGCAGGGCCUGCAAGCUUUGCCGGAACGACUGCCGGCGGUGCUCCUUCUUCGUCUUCUCCGGGCGCUGACGACGGCGCACCUUCUGGCGGUCCCACGCCGAGGAGGGUCGAGGCCAUCGUCUUUCUACCGGUCGACGAGGCGUACAUGCCGACGAGGUACAGGAUUGGCCAGUCAGACGCUCCGCGGAAGGUCUCUUCUUCAGCCUCAGCGAAGCGUGGCAAGGGCAAAGAACAAACUCUGGAGGUGAACCACGCCGAAAUCCUCGGUCGUUUCCAUCUCGUCAACUCCAUCCUCCCCUCCCUGCUCCUCCUCCCUCCGCACCGAGAUGUCCGCAUCGUCUCGCUCAUGUCGCCCUGGUACGCCGCUGCCGUAGACCCAGCACGGCAGCCGGACAGGCUCGAUCUCGACUGGAGCGAGGAAUCUUCACGCGCCCUCUUUCCCCGCUAUUCGCCCUGGCGCAUCGACGGGACUGCCUCGCUGCUCUGGUUCUCCCUCAGCAGAGAGCUCCAGAGAAGGAUCCAGCUCCUCACCGAGGCUGAUCCGCGACCCAGGACAAAGUUGCCAGGGAUCGAGGUGGAAGACGUGGCGGAGAAGACGACGAGCUCCCCAGCAACGACGAAGAGGGCCAACGUGAACGUCGUCAAUGUAUGCGCUGGCUUUGAGCGGAGCAGAGAUGUGCUCGAGUACCUGUUGCCGCCUCGUCGAUCUUUGCCGACAGAAGCUGAGGAAGAAGAGGCAGCAGUGGUACCCAAGUCGGGGAAGAAGGGGCAAGUUGCCAAGAAGACGAUCCUACCAGCGCCGCCGAGACCGAAGGGUAGAAAUCCGCUCGUGUUGGUGCUCGACACCAUACGCUACUUCCUCUUUGUGCUCCUCUUCCCGCUCGCUUGGUUCCUCUGCAAGUCCCCAAAGAGGGUUGCAGAGACUAUAACUUGGGCCGUCGUUGCACCCCUAUCCUCGGCCUCUCCUACGCAAGCCUCUCCUAGCAAUCUCUCGGUCUUUCCCGGCGAAUUGCACAGGGAAGGCAAGGUCAUCCGACCACCCCUGCCUCGAAGCUUCUUGCCGGGUGAACCGGCUUUGCAGCUAUGGUCGAACGAGGAGAAACGGGUGCAGGGCAUUGUAGACAGAUAGUAUAUCUCUUGCUCGAUAUAUGGACAAUUGGCCGGUC